AUGUCUCACCUAAGACGAUGCACAGAGUGUGGAGCUCUCACCUUGAUGCAGAAUUGCUCAAAAUGCCAUGGGUCCACCUCGGCGUGCAUGAAUUCUUUACCAAUUGAUCGUGAUGCAUAUGCAGCUUCACAGUAUGCAGUCUCAUCUUGUGCUCGCACCUUGACAGAGGGCGUCACAGACCAACAUUCAUUUACUAGUCGCACGUCGAGCGCCGAAUCACCUGCAUCUAUAGACAGCGGGUGCAGGAUGAAGUCUGAAUUAAAGCACUCAGCAGAGUUCAAUGAGGUUCUCAAGAAAUCGCCAAACGAUUUAGUACAGGAAAACAUGGCUUUACAUGACGAGCUGAAGAAAACUAAUGCUCUUAUGAUGCAGUUGUCCAUGGGAAUAUUGAGCCUUCACGAUAGUACCAACGCUUCUAGGCGUGGUGGUCUAGAGUUGAUAGAAAAACUCCUUUCUGACAACAGGCUGUUGAGGCAGCAGUUAGGUCACUUGUGCUCACCUUUGAUGGAGAGUGAUCCGGGUAAGGUAGCACAGGCCCCAAUUGCUCUAGAGGUGUCCGGUCGUUUGCAUCAGAAUCAGUUGGAAGCGCCUGACCGCGAUGGCUGUGUUUUAAGUUUCAGACACUCAUCGACUUACGACAAUAGUAAACAGAUUUUAGCUGAAGCACAGGAGGAAAUAGUCAGAUUGCAAGGAUUGGUGAAGGAAAAAAACGCAAAAAUUCAUUGGUUUGCAGAACGAGUGAAAAAAACUGAGGAGAUUCUUGAUGCGUUAGUGGCACAUCUCAGUGCGGUUGAAACGACCACACAGGCGGGUGGCGAGGCCGACAAAAUUUUUGAUCGUUACGCUGUCACUGAUCUUAUGGGCUAUGGUGAUACAGACUAUUCGCUAUCGCCAUCACUAGCGAAGAGCUACGAGAAGCUAAUGAAGCGCUAG